GCUUGCCGCAAGUCCGCAUCACAUCACAUAAUGAAAAUCAAAGUACAUAAAUUUAAAAUUAAAUGUCGUAAAUAAAGAGAAAAUAAUAAUAACGUUAAAGUAUAUAAAAUAUACAUAUGUAUAAGUGAAUGUGCGGCGACGACCCACAGACCGCAAGACAACGAGAAAGAGCCAAAAUUUAAGAAACGAGUCACAUUAAAUAUUAAAGAAUCAACAAGAGAUACUUUGGAGACCUGAGAAAAGGAGCAAUCUCCAGCUGUUGGUCCCGCAAUCAAUGUCAGCCAAGUGAACCCUAAGGAAGCCAAUUCCCCAGUGCCAACAUGUACGGACUGCUAUUGGAGAAUCUCUCCGAAUACAUCAAGUCUGUCUAUGGCGAGGAGAAAUGGGAAGACAUCAGGCGGCAGGCGGGCAUCGAUUCGCCCUCGUUCAGCGUCCAUCAAGUGUAUCCCGAGAAUCUACUCCAGAAAUUGGCCAAAAAGGCUCAACAAGUUCUGGGUGUCUCCGAGCGCGAAUUCAUGGACCAAAUGGGCGUCUAUUUUGUGGGCUUUGUAGGUCAGUAUGGUUAUGAUCGGGUCCUAUCCGUUUUGGGUCGUCACAUGCGUGACUUCCUCAACGGUUUAGACAACCUGCAUGAGUACCUGAAGUUCUCGUACCCCCGGAUGCGGGCACCCAGUUUCAUCUGUGAGAACGAGACCAAGCAGGGCCUGACACUGCAUUAUCGCUCGAAGAGACGUGGCUUUGUCUACUACACAAUGGGCCAGAUACGGGAGGUGGCUAGGUACUUCUACCACAAGGAAAUGCACAUUGAAUUGGUUCGCGAGGAGAUCCUCUUCGAUACGGUGCAUGUAACCUUUCAGCUGACCUUUGAUAAUCGGGCCUUUACUUUGGCCUCGCUCGCCAUGACCCGCGAGGAGAAACACUUGCCCAUCAGUGCUCAUGUGCUCUUCGAAAUCUUUCCCUUUUGUAUUGUUUUUGGUGCUGAUAUGGUAGUACGCAGCAUUGGUAACUCUUUAAUGGUCAUAUUACCCGAGCUGUUGGGCAAGAAAAUCACGGCCUGGUUCGAUUUGGUACGCCCGCUGAUUGCAUUUAAAUUUCAAACUAUACUCAAUCGCACCAAUAACAUAUUCGAAUUGGUCACCGUGGAUCCGGUUACGGAGCGUAUGGAUGCCCAAAAUGAUGAUUUGCUCUUACACGAUGAUGGCAGUGAGCCGGAGAAGUCAUUGAGGUUGAAAGGUCAAAUGGUCUACAUGGAAAACUGGCGUAUGAUCAUGUUCUUGGGCACACCCGUCAUGCCGGAUCUGACCUCUUUGAUAACCACUGGUCUCUAUAUCAACGAUCUGUCUAUGCAUGACUUUAGCAGAGAUCUCAUGUUGGCGGGCACUCAACAGUCGGUGGAACUAAAAUUGGCCUUGGAUCAAGAGCAGCAAAAGUCCAAGAAACUGGAAGAAUCUAUGCGAUUGCUGGAUGAGGAGAUGCGGCGUACAGACGAGUUGCUGUAUCAGAUGAUACCCAAACAGGUGGCAGAUCGUCUCAGACGUGGCGAGAACCCCAUAGAUACCUGUGAGAUGUUUGAUAGCGUCUCCAUACUCUUCUCGGAUAUUGUAACCUUCACCGAGAUCUGCAGUCGCAUCACACCCAUGGAAGUGGUGUCCAUGCUGAAUGCCAUGUACUCGAUUUUCGAUAAGCUGACGGAACGGAAUUCGGUCUACAAGGUGGAGACUAUCGGCGAUGCCUAUAUGGUGGUGGCUGGGGCACCCGACAAGGAUGCCAAUCAUGCGGAGAGAGUCUGUGAUAUGGCCUUGGACAUGGUGGAUGCCAUAACCGAUCUGAAGGAUCCCUCAACCGGUCAGCACUUGCGGAUACGUGUGGGUGUUCACUCUGGUGCCGUUGUGGCUGGAAUCGUGGGUCUAAAGAUGCCUCGCUAUUGCCUUUUUGGCGACACUGUGAACACCGCCUCGCGCAUGGAGUCCACCAGCAUUGCCAUGAAGGUGCACAUAUCCGAGUCGACGAAAAUCCUAAUCGGCCCCAGCUAUAAGAUCCUCGAGCGCGGCGAGAUCGAUGUCAAGGGCAAAGGCACUAUGGCCACCUACUGGCUGGAGGAGCGUGAGAAUCGACUUCCUCUGCAGUUGACCACUGGCAUGCUGAUGCAUCCGAUGUCCUCGGGUCCCGCGAGGGCCAUAAUGCCGGCUCCAUCUAAGCCAGUGACUCCCAUGGUGCCCCCUCUACCUGCUCCAGUUCCAGCAGCUGCUGCUGCCCCGCCAGUGGAGCAUGCCAGCAUGUCCGGUGUGGUCCUGACAGCCACGAAUACCAUAGCGGCAGCGGCGCACCUGACGCAUCAUCAUCCUCCAACAGCUGGAGGUGUGGUGGGAGGGCCAACAGCUGGAGGAGGAGCUGCACCGGCUCAGGGAGACGAUCGCAGUAGUCGCAUCUACUCGCCGGUGACCUUUAAGGAUGUGGCACGCCGAAGCAUCGCCAACUCGCCCGUGCGGCACAGCUGCGGGUAUUCCUAUACCGAUCAGGAGAAGCGACGCGAUUCCCGAUCCAACUCCACUGGCCAUGUCUUUAUGCGUUCCCCCUCCGAUAUUUUCGGCUCGCUUAUUCUAGACACCGAGGAGUUCCUCGAGGAUUUGCAGAUGUCGCGUGGCUCAUUGGUCAACAGCAACAACCAUCCGCCUCCUUGCGGCUUCAGUCCUACGCCGCCGUUCCGCAUCGGCAGUGCCCCGCCCAAACCGCGGCCCAGUAAUCCGGACAAGUUCACGCCCGAGGAGCUGGCCGCCAUGGAUCAGCUGACGCCACCAUCGACGGCUCCGGCCCGGGAGACGGCCACGUGCAGCAGUGCCAGCCUCAAGGGCGCCACCUCGAACGCCUCGCUGGACCGGGAAAAGACCGCAUACAAGCUCAAGAAAAUCACAUUCUCCAACAGCGCUAGUCUGGAGGCUCCAUCUCCACCAGCCAUGUCGGCCGUGGUCUGCCCGAUGCGAUCCAAGUCUCCACCGAUGGCAGUGGCCACUGCUCCCCCAGUGGUGCCAGUCCAGGCCAGCACAAGCCAUGGCAGUCGACCAGGGUCAAAGUGUUCGGUGUCAUCCAUUUCGCUUCACUCGCCGCCCCCGCAUCGCGCCCAAUCAGCGCCAGCAAGACCCCAUUCCAUGUCGAAGGCGGCGCGAAAGGCAUUUCUGGCAGCCAAGCAAACCAAAGCCAUGGAGAAGCUGGACAAGAUGAUCGAAGAGGUGCAUGAGGUGGAGUCCCAGUCGACUGUAAAGGCGGCCAACAUGCGGUUGGCCAUCUUUGGACAUGAUGGUGGAGGAGGAGGUGGGGAUCUGGCCGCUGGUGGUUGUCCUUUGUUCCUGCCUCCGCCGCCACAGCCCCAGCAGCGACUGAUGGCUGGCUCUUUAUCAGAUUCGAGUAUUUGUAAUCAUGGGCACAGUCAUGCACCCAGCUGCCAUCAUGCACUGGAGCCAAAGAUGAGCAACAGUCAGAGUUUCCAGCACAGUCCCCGAGGCGGGAUCACCCAUCAGUGCUGCAGUGGGUUCGGUCAUGGCAAUGGUAGACACUCGCAUCGCAUGCACUCGAAUGCCUGUAGGAUUCUGUAGAGGAACUGGAGUGCACGAGUCCACCUUCACAUUCAUAUCAUGUAUACUAUUCUGAUUCCGAUUCUGCUCAAUGUUCUCCGCGCGUGCUUUGUGGUCCAGUGAUGAAUAGUCGGCAAUUAUUAGAGUUUAGUUAGUUGUUGAUACUCAUAGAAUAUAGAAGGAUAUACCAGAUGUACCUUUAUGUACCCCAUACUCCCACGUUAGCUAGUCAAACAGGGCUUUAACACUUGGCAGAUCGAUGUCUACAUACGCUAAAGAAACUGUAUAAAUUGUUAUAGUACAUACAUGUAAUAUCUAACUAAAUGUUGAUCAAAAGAUUUCAAAUUUCUUGACACCUCAAAUAUGACAAUACCACAAGAAACACACAAAAUAAAUACAACAUUUUCGAGUAUGUCAGAAGAUGAACAAAAUAUUGUAACCUAAGGCUUUUUCACGCAUUAUCAUGAUACCACCUGAGGCAAGGUUUGCUCCAACAAAAAUAUAUUAUAUUCUAUAUAUAUGAAUGUAUAAUAUAUAUGUAUCAUAAAACUCUAUAUAUUUACUAUAUAUAUAUUUUUAGUAGUUACAUGUUUAAGGAGUAAUUUUUUUGUGUACACCGCCUAUUAAAUAAAUGUCUCCGAAAUCUUAUAGAACUUUUUAUUUUCCAUACGUUUUCAGAGGAGGUCCGACAGUUUCUGUGGUGCAUUUGUAUUUUAUGAUAUAGAACAAAACAUUUGCUACAAAUUCUACUGAUUGACAGGGUAAAUUAAUAGAAGUAAUGAGAGAAAACACCUACUUUUUUCUCCACAUCAUUUAUCCACUCAAUUAGUAGAAUUUUAAAUAGUUUUAAAUUAUAGAUUUAAAAACAAUUAAGCACAUUAAUAUACCAGAAAACAUAUUAUUAUUUAUAAACUUGAACUUUUUUAGAUUAAAUUCUGUUGCAUAAUAUUUAUAUUGAGAUUCGCUU